AUGAAAGUUUUGAUUUAUGACGGUUCUGAUGGAACAUUAUUGCAGUCUUUGAAAGGCCAUAAAGAUCUCGUGUAUGCUGUUGCAUUUUCAUACAACGGCGAAAAUUUUGCAUCCGGUUCUGCUGAUCGUUGCGUUAUUAUAUGGACAGAGCAGCAUGAAGGAACGCUUAAGUACAUACACAACGAAGCAAUACAAUGUCUUGCUUUUAGUCCAGCAACAUGCUUUUUGCUUAGCUGUGCAAUCAGUGAUUUCGGAAUAUGGACUCAACUGGAAAAAAGUGUUAGUAAACAACGAACAUCAAGUAGGUGUCUUUGCUGCGCAUGGAGCUGCGAUGGUCAACUUUAUGCCAUUGGAAUGUUCGACGGCACUGUAUCUCUACGUUCCGCUGCGAAUAAUGCAGAAAUAAAAAAGAUUGAACGAUCCUCUGGUGAACCUGUUUGGGCGAUUGCUUUUGGAGCAGCUCGAAGCACUGUUACUUUUGGCGAGCUCUUAGUAUUGGUAGAUUGGGGGCAAAGAGCUGGAUUUUACGAUUUAGAAGGGAACCAGCUUAUCCGAGAAGACAAAAAACUUGGUUAUGACCCGACUGCAGUAGAAUUUUUUAACUAUGGUCAAUUCCUAAUAAUUUGCGGCUCUAAUCGUCAGGUCACCCUUUACAGUCGUGAAGGAACAACGUUGGGUACAGUUGCACAGAUGGAUACAUGGGUGUGGACCGUAAAAGCUAGACCGAAUACAAACGCAAUUGUUGUCGGUUGCGUGGACGGCACUUUGGCAUGCUACCAGUUGAUGUUUAGCACAGUUCACGGAUUGCAUAAAGAGCGAUAUGCUUAUCGCGAAAAUAUGACCGAAGUAGUUGUGCAACAUCUUGCAAAUCAAACAUCCAUCAGAAUUUACUGUAAUGACUUAAUUCGAAAAAUCGCUGUAUACUAUAAUCGACUAGCAGUGCAGCUCACCGAUCGUGUUGAAAUUUAUCGCCUUAUCACAGAACGUGAUGAUGGGCAAUUGGAAUAUAGAUUGGUUGAGGAAAUAAACCGUGCUUUCGAAUGUUCAUUGCUUGUGAUUUGCGCGCAUCAUAUAAUAGUUUGCCAGGAACGACGCUUGCAGUGUUACGAUAAUAGAGGACUUAAACAACGAGAAUGGCUUCUUGAAUCAUUAAUACGUUAUAUAAAGGUCAUUGGUGGACCACCGGGACGUGAAGCCAUAUUAGUCGGACUGAGGAAUGGAACCGUGUGUAAAAUUUUUGUGGAUAAUCCGUUCAUAACAGAAAUACUACGUUUAAAAAGUGCUGUCAGAUGUCUUGAUAUCAGCCAUUUGAGGGGGAAAAUUGCAAUCGUUGACGAAACCGGAAUUUGUACGAUUUUUGAUAUCAAAACUAAACAGCUUUUAUUCCAGGAGCCAUCAUGUAACAGUGUUGCCUGGAAUGCCGAUCAAGAGAAUCUUUUAUGUUACGCUGGUGGUGGCGCACUGUGUAUUAAAGCUGACAGUUUCUCUUCGCAUCAACAGAGGAUGCAAGGCUUUGUAGUUGGAUUCUCGGGAAAGCGUGUCUUUUGCUUGCAUAUGUUUACCAUGAUUGCAGUAGAAGUGCCUUUGUCUAAUCAGUUAUAUCAAUAUCUCGAACAGAAAAUGUACAAAGAAGCAUUCGAUUUGGCAUCAUUGGGUGUAACGGAAAGUGACUGGGAAGUUCUUGGUCAUGAUGCUUUACAUAACUUCCAAUUUGAUAUCGCUCAAAAAGCUUUCCACAGGAUUAAAGAUGCACGUUAUCUUCAACUGAUCUGGGAAAUCAGGAACAUGAUUAAAAAAGAGACGAAAAAAGAACUGAUGCUGGGAUAUAUAAAGGCUUAUGAAGGCAGAUAUCGCGAAGCAGCGACAUUGUUCAAAAAAAGCGGAUGUGAACAAGAAACAUUGGAAAUGUUUACAGAUUUGCGCAUGUUUGAUCAAGCUCAGGAAUUGUUAUCCUCUGCCUCUGGAGAAACUCAAAAAGCUCUAUUACGAAAGCGUGCUGAUUGGGCACAGAAUUCCAAUGAACCCAUAAUCGCAGCCGAAAUGUUUAUGGCUUCAGGUGAUUAUGAGAGAGCUGUUAAUCUUAUGAUCAAAAACGAUUGGAUUGACAUGUUGAUCAAUCUUGCGCAUCGUAUUGACCGGAGCAAUGUUGAUGUAUUACGAAUAAUUGGAAAUUAUUUGGCAAAAAAAGAAGAAUACACUCUUGCUUCCCAGUUAUUCCAAUCAAUCAAUGAUAUCCAUGCCUUAAUAAACAUGUACGUCGAUGCGGAGCUAUGGAAUGACGCAUUUUUAGUAGCAUCAAAGUUCCAGAAAUAUAAUGAAGAAAUUUAUCUUCCUUACGCACGUUGGUUAGCUGAAAAUGAUCAUUUUGACGAAGCUCAAAAAGCUUAUCACAUGGCUGGGCAUGAUAUGGAAGCAUUGCAAGUUUUGGAGCAACUAGUAGGGAAUGCUAUUAGGGAGAAUCGUUUUAUUGAUGCUGGAUAUUAUAAUUGGAUGCUAAGCAUGCAAUAUUUGGAACGAUACAGUGAAAAUCCUGAAUUAAAUGAAAAAUUUCUGGAUUAUAGUAAUAGAGCGAAUUGCUACUAUGCUUUCGAUAUCAUUCAUAAAUAUCUGGCUGAACCUUUUACGAGCUGCCCAGCCGAUGCUUUAAUUAAUGCUGCUCGUUAUUUGGCUUUUCAAAAGGAAAUUUACAAGAUAUCACGAGUGAACAUACUAUACACUUUAAUGAAGCAAAGUCAAGCACUGGGUGCUUACAAAUUAGCACGAUAUGCUUUAGAACAGCUCAGCUAUUUAAAAACUCCACGCCGUUUUGAAAAGCUUAUUGAAACAGACGCUUUAAUAAUUAGAUCAAAACCCUUUACGGAUGCAGAAGAAUUGCUGCCAAUGUGCUAUAGAUGUGGUAUCUCUAAUCCUCUCGUUGGCACAAAUGAAUGCAUACAUUGCAAAACUCCGUUUAUUUUAUCGUUUGUGUCAUUUGAGGUUUUACCCCUUGUGGAAUUUUUUAUCAGCGAUGAUAUAAAUUUAAAAGAAGCUCGACAGCUGAUUAGUGUUGAACCUCCUCUUGGUCAAAAUAAAAAUCCAUUGCAGGAACAGAUGAACCUAAAAACUGGCAAAGUUGUGGCAGAUCGUGAAACUCUGCUCAAAUUGGAAAAGCAACAGGUUAUAAUUGCUGAGUGGCCGGCACCAUUUGUUACUCGUUUUUAUUACAAUAUAAUACCAGAAAUUUCAAUAACUCAGUGCACUUCUUGUUACCGUAUGUUCCAUGCGGACGACUUCGAAAUGGCAUACCUGAAAACUGGUGCGUGCCCAUUCUGUCAUGUGGUUCCACACAGAACAAAUUAUAACUUUAUUGACGACAAUAAUGUGGAAUAA